UGUGCUCGCCGCUACACAUGUGUUUUUCUACGGCAGCACCGCGGUUUGCGUUCAGUAUGCAGCUCGCACAGGACUGACGUGGGUUGCCUUUCACCUUCUUCGCCUCUUCAAAACGCUUCACGAAGCUCGAUACUCGUCGCGAGCAACUUUCAGUAGGCUGAAGUGGUCCUUCCGAGCGGCGCCCAAGAUGUGCGGAAUUUUCGCCUACCUGAAUUACCUCGAACCGAAGACACGACGAGAAAUCCUGGAAUGUUUGAUCAAGGGCCUUCAGCGACUGGAGUAUAGGGGCUACGAUUCUGCUGGAAUUGCCUUUGACAAAGACUCUCGGGGCAGUGACAUUUCCAUCAUUCGUAAAAUUGGAAAAGUCAAGGUGCUUGAGGACUGCAUAUGGCAGAAGGAUGACCUGGACAUGGAUCAUGAGCACAUCACACAUGUUGGUGUUGCCCACACACGUUGGGCAACCCAUGGUGCCCCCAGUGACCUCAACAGCCACCCACAUCGUUCAGACACCGAAAAUGAAUUUGUGGUUGUUCACAAUGGCAUAAUUACCAACUACAAGGACAUCAAGCAGUUCCUGCUUCAGAAGGGAUGUCAUUUUGAAUCUGACACUGACACGGAGGUCAUUGCAAAAUUCAUCAAGCAUCUCCAUGACACCCACCCAGACCUAUGCUUUAGGGAGUUGGUGGAACAGGUCAUCCAGCAGCUGGAGGGAGCUUUUGCACUGGUAUUCAAGAGCAAGAAGUUCCCACAUCAGUGUGUUGCCACAAGGCGGGGAAGCCCUUUGCUAGUUGGCCUGAAGACCAAGUCCUAUCUCUCAACAGAGUUCAUCCCAGUCUUAUACAGCAAAGCCUCUUUUCGGCAUGCAGAAUGUGGCAUCCAAAAUGAACAAGGUCAGGCUAUGGUUGCCUUUGCACAUGCAGGAAUGUUCAUUGGAGGACAAAAUUGUUUGCUGAACCACCGCCCCAGGGAGUCCCACCCACCUUCCAACACGGGAGGUCUGCAGCGUACUGCAUCAACAACAGAGUUUGGCCCACCUGGAGAUGACAAGGAAAUUGAAUACUUCUUUGCAUCAGAUGCUAGUGCCAUCAUUGAACACACAAACAGGGUGAUCUUCCUUGAAGAUGAUGAUGUUGCAGCUGUUUCUGAUGGGCAUCUGACCAUCCACAGAUUGAAGAGGACACUUGAUGAGAAUGUGAACCGAGAAAUCAUCACACUAAAGAUGGAAAUACAGCAGAUCAUGAAAGGAAACUUCAGCUCUUUCAUGCAAAAGGAGAUCUUCGAGCAGCCUGAGUCUGUGAUAAACACAAUGAGAGGGCGCCUCAACUUUGAGAAGGAAUCUGUGGUUUUGGGCGGCAUUAAGGACUACAUCACUGAAAUCAAGCGAUGCAGACGGCUACUGCUCAUUGGCUGCGGCACCAGCUACCAUAGUGCCAUAGCUACGAGACAAAUCUUGGAAGAGCUUACAGAGCUGCCUGUCAUGGUAGAACUGGCCAGUGACUUUUUGGAUCGCAACACUCCUGUGUUCAGAGAUGAUGUCUGUUUCUUUAUUUCUCAGUCGGGUGAGACUGCAGACACUCUCAUGGCACUGCGCUACUGCAAGCAGCGUGGUGCCUUAAUUGUUGGUGUCACCAACACUGUUGGGUCCAGCAUCUGCCGUGAAAGCCAUUGUGGCGUUCACAUUAAUGCAGGUCCAGAGAUUGGUGUGGCCAGCACCAAGGCGUACACCAGCCAAUUCAUAUCUCUUGUGAUGUUCUCCCUGAUGAUGUGCGAGGAUCGCAUUUCCAUGCAACCUCGACGCAGUGAGAUUAUUCAAGGGCUUCACAGGCUUCCAGACCAGAUAAAGGAGGUGCUCAAGCUGGAUGAUGAGGUGAAAGAGCUUGCCCAGCACCUCUACCAACAGAAGUCUCUCUUGGUCAUGGGCAGGGGCUACAACCAUGCCACAUGCUUGGAAGGUGCCCUGAAAAUCAAAGAGCUCACAUACAUGCAUUCCGAAGGCAUCCUGGCUGGGGAGCUGAAGCACGGCCCUCUAGCCCUAGUCGACAAGGCCAUGCCAGUCAUAAUGGUGCUUACACGGGACCCUGUAUUCCCCAAGUGUAUGAAUGCCAUGCAGCAGGUGAUCGCACGUGAUGGACGGCCUAUUGUAAUUUGUGAAAAAGGGGAUGAAGAGACAAAGAAGAUGGCCUUCAAGUAUCUCGAAGUACCUCACACGGUGGACUGCCUGCAAGGCGUAUUGACUGUUAUUCCUCUUCAGCUUAUGUCUUACCACAUUGCUGUGCUGAAGGGUUGCAAUGUGGACUGCCCUCGGAACUUGGCGAAGUCGGUCACUGUGGAGUAAACUCUGCAAGAGUCGCUUGCUUGCUGCCAGGCUUUUGAUGCAUGAAAGUUUUUGAGUAAUUGAAAUCGUAUCAUGCAUAUGACUAUCCUGUUUGUACACAUCUGCUGUCAAUGAAGCUUGGCGUAUACUUUGAUACUAUGAUACCAGCAAGCCUGCGGGCUUAUUGUACGAAUAAGGCACUGCAAGUAACAGCUGUGAUUAUGUAUUUUAGAAUGAAGCCCCGGUGAGUCUGUUCUGGACUUUUAUAGUUGUGGACAUUUUUGUGAUGCAGAAGAAAGUAUUUUUCAUAUUUUAUCUUUCCAGUCUCUUCUUUGUCGCUAUGUCUUAAAUCUAGCUUUUAUAUUGCUAGGCAUUCAAAAUUCUUGCUUUUUACUGUUGUUACACAUACAAGAACACAAUGUAAUCUAGAUGUUCUUUUUUUUUUGCUUGUUCUUGUAUAUAUGUCAAUUUGAGUGCAGUCAUGCAUUUGUUUUAGCCAGUGAUUUGGAGGAUGCAUGUUGCAUGUCAUUCAUGUUAGAUAAGCUGUACAUGAAUCUCUUUACACUUGUUUUAAUAAAAGCUUUUCACCUA